ACUGAAACUUUGCGGCCCAGGGCGGCGGGGCGCGGCGCACUCGCGCCCCGGCCUAGACGCACCCCCGGAGCCCGACGACGCCGAGAGCCAUGGCCUCGACCCUCCGUUCUCCGUCCCCGCUGCUGGUGCGGGUGUCCGAGUCCAGCCCCCGAACACGCUUGAAGCUGGGAAUCUACUUCCAGAGCCAGAACUCUGGCGGCGGGGAGUGCACCGUCCAGCCCCUCGACCCCAGGGACCAGGUCACCUUCCAGGUGACGUUCAUGGAAAGGGAAGCUAAAGAGAGAGUCUUGAAGAAAGAAAAGCAUCAAAUUAUGGUUGACAACAAACUUGUGACUGUUUUUCUGGAGCCCACUGAGAAUCCAACAGAGAAGAAUGCAAGACCCAGAACAUCUUUGCUGGCACAGUCACAAGAUGCUUCUGGUGAGAGGCAUCCAAACAAAGAACAUAUUCCUAAUGCCGUGGAUUCCUGUGUCCAAAAGAUCUUUCUUAGUGUCACAGCUGACCUGAACUGUGACCUCUUCUCUAAAGAGCAGAGGGAACACAUAACCACCAUCUGCCCCGACAUCAAAAAGAUGGAAGGGCACAAUGGAAUUGAGAAGGUGUGUGGUACCUUCGGAGAUAUUGAAAAAAUACAUCACUUCUUGAAUAAGCAACUCCGGGAAAGGGGGCAGAAACAUGAAUCUUCCUCUUUGACAACAGAGAAGGAGCCAGUCCAUCAGCACCAGAACGGCUGCCCUUAUUCCCCUGAACCAAAAAACAGGGCAGAAGAAAAAAGUGGCCAUUUUGAAAUUCCCUUGCCUUUCUUCGAAUACUUCCAACUUAUCUAUCCUGAUAAAAUGGACUCAAUACAGAACAGAUUUGGUGUAAAAAUAAUAAUCCAGCAGAGUUCGAACAUAGUCUAUUUAGACUUCACCUCGAAUCAACCAGGUGACCUCAGAGCAGCUCAGGAGUUUUUUGUCAGUGAAUUUCAGAAAACUGUAGGACUUCUGGAGCAACAAUGUGUUGCUUUCGCAGACAGUAAGCAGGCAAAUAAAAUCAAACAGGAAUUGAAUCAUCGGUUUACAAAGCUCCUUAUAAAGGAGAAAGGAGGAGAAUUAACUCUCCUUGGGACCCAAGAUGACAUUUCAGCUGCCAGAUAUUUUUUUGCUCUGAAAGACUCUGAGAGUCUUGUCAUGGGACCUGUGAAAAUAUCAACUCCCAGAUGCAUGAUGAAUGGAAUUGAAGUUGAUACUUUUCAGUAUAAGCUUUUAGAAGCUGAAAUACUCCAGGAGAUACCAAAGAUAGAAAAAAAGUAUGACACUCAAUGUAAGGUUUCAGGAAACACUGAGAAAACCUGCCUCCUAUUUGAACCUAAGGACAAGGAAUUAGAUCUGUCUGCCCAUGCUUAUGCAAGUUUCAUUGAUGUCUAUCAACAUGUGUCAGGUCAGGUGAUGAGAGAAGUUCUUUCACUGAAACCUUUGGGCAAAGAGAGAAUGCACUUACAUGGGACCAAGUUUGCUGAUGGCUUUAGGAAAAAGCAUCCAAAUGUACACUUUGUACUGAAUCAAGAGACAAUGACUUUGAUUGGAUUGCCAGAUCACCUUGCAAAGGCAAAGCAGUGUAUCUUUAAAAAAGUGGGGAUGUCCCCAUUAGCUGGAGACAAAUGGAAUGAGGACCAUGAAACAUCCAUGGACAUUGACAGUAAUGAUUCAAAAACAGCUUCACCCACAUUCCAGCACUCUGCCGGUUCUGGGGCGUCAGGCAUGGGCAAGGAAGAGGACAUAUGUAGCAUCUGCAUGGACAUGAUUAGUAACAAAGAAGUGCUACCCAAGUGCAAGCACGCAUUCUGCUCCCCUUGUAUCAACAAAGCCAUGUCCUAUAAACCGGUCUGUCCUGUGUGCCAGACUUCCUAUGGUAUCCAGAAAGGCAAUCAGCCAGAGGGAACCAUGACUGUCACUGUCCUAGAAGACUCACUUCCAGGUUAUGAAUCCUGUGGCUCCAUUGUGAUUAAUUAUAACAUGAAAGGAGGCAUUCAAACAGAAAAGCACCCAAACCCAGGAAAGGCAUACUCUGGAAUACAACGAACCGCAUACCUGCCCAAUAAUGAGGAAGGAAUCGAAGUUUUGAGACUGCUUCGUAGGGCCUUUAACCAAAAGCUGAUUUUUACGGUGGGGGAGUCUCGAGUAUUAGGAAUCUCAGAUGUCAUUACAUGGAAUGACAUCCACCACAAAACAUCCCGUUUUGGGGGCCCGCAAAAGUUUGGCUACCCUGAUCCUGGUUAUUUGAAACGUGUUAAACAAGAGCUGAAAGAUAAAGGAAUUGAGUAAGAAAACUGCUGGAAGGAUGUCUUGAGCCAAGCUUUCAAAAGACACAGUUGAAGAAACAUCUUUAAAUUUUUUUUCAUCUCAAGAAGUGGUCUGUUUAGAAGUGAGAGUCUACUAGUCUGUCAUUUCUGGAGUGUUACUUUUUAUGGAAGAUAAAAGUUCCAGGGGCGCCUGGGCGGCUCAGUUGGUUGAGCAUCCAACUUCUGCUCAGGUUGUGAUCUCACAGUUCAUGAGCUCCAGCCCCACACUGGGCUCUCUGUUGUCAGCAUGGAGCCCACUUCAGAUCCUCUCCGCCCCACCCCCGUCCCUCCCCUGUACUUUCUCUCUCUCUCAAAAAUAAACAUUAAAAAAAUUAAAAAUUAAAGAAAGCUCCAAAAUCAAUGUGAUUUUGCUGCAGAGGUGUUGUGCCUCAUUCUUGUGUCUUCUUUGGGGAGUAGGGAGUGGAGUACUGGGGGUCUGAAAUAAUCUUGUGUUCUUCAGUUGAAAUAGUAGCUGUCAAUUGAUCCUCUUUCUACUGCUGUCUCUGACAUACCCUUUUGGGGUUUUUUUUUGUUUGUUUUCUCUUUACCCUAAAAGUAAAAUCCUAGUAUGAGUGGCAGAGGAAAGGGCUUUGGUUAUGGAAAAUUAGAGACACACAUUUUCUUCCCUCCCUCAUGGCCAAAAAAGUGGCCAGAAGCAGAGACUGGGCAACAAAGGAGUAAGUCUAUUAUUUUUCACAGUACAGAGCCUGGUAUGCAGUUGGUGCCUCAUAAUGCUUUGCUGCCUGACUCAGGUUACUAAUAACCCAGCAGAGGGCUAUAUGCUCCCUGAAUCUUUGACAGAGGCAGGAGUAAGGAAGCCAUAUCUGGAGACCUUACUACUGAUGUGGAAAACUGAGUUUCUUUAGUCCAGAACACUUAACCUCUAAACUCUGAACUCCAACCAGUCCUCUAACUUGGUCCUUGCUCCUUCCUGAGUUUUAUAAUCUGCCAUAUGGGGUGCAUUUGUCCUGUCAUACUAAUGCUACACGUUUCUGAACAUUUUUUCCUCUGGAUAUCACUAUACUUUUUAAGUAUACCCUGCUUGCAGAUAAAUAACCUUUCCUUAGUUUCCACAGACUAUCAUUUUCUCAGUUAUGUAGCCCCCAUAAUAGUUUUUCCAUUCUUUUACUAAGUCCCACCAAGUCCUGUUUUCUUCCUUAAAAUCUCUCUCCCUGGUACUAUCUCUGGACAGAGACAAAGCAAGUUGAGCCUGCUAUUAAUAUAUGACAUGUCAAAAUGCACUUUUAAAUGGUUUUCCAAGUCAGAAGAAAAUUAUACUAGCAAAUUAUCUGGGUAUCCAUGUCCCAGCCCCUCUCCAAAAAAGAUGAAGUUUUUUUCUUUUCCUAAAGAUACACAUACACGCACAUAUACAUUUUUUAUAAUCAGAUGGUAAUAGCUUAGCUAAUAUUUAUUAUAGAUUUAUUUUAUCCCUUUUUUAAGGGCUUUAUACCUGGGACUAAUACUAUUACUAUCCCCAUUUUAUAACUGAAAAAACUGAUGCACAGAGAGGAUAAGUACUUUGACAAAGGUCACAUCGUUUAUAAGUAGAAGUUCUGGGAUUUGAAAAAGGUAGUCUGGCACCAAGGCUUCUGCACCCCAGAGCUACCCUGCUCCAACUGGGCAAGCUGAGGAGUCCCAUGAUUCUGGGCUUCUCUCAGAAGUGGAUUCCUGCACAGUGCCCAAAGUAGAUUUCCUCCAAGGAGGUCCUAUAUGAAGAACUUAAAAACCCAGAAUCUUUUCCUUUGUCCAGAGAGUUAAGGGAUAGGUCUUUUUUAAAAAAAUCAGAUUAUACAUUUAGUUUUUGAUGAUUCAAGUUUUUACUAUUAGGAUUGUUUUGUGUCUACAGAUCUUUUGGCUAAAUUUGCUUCAAAAAAGCAAAAGUUUGGUUCCUGCUAAGUUCUGGAUCUUUGACUGCAAUGUGUGCUCAAAGGCAAGUUUCAUGGUGCCAGUGGUUGGAGAGCCUUUGGAUUACCGCUCUUGUUCUGUGACAGUAUUAUCAUCUGUAUCUGCUUCAUUAUUUUUUUGUAUCUGCUUUAAAUAAAGUUAUAUACGGGG